AAGCUCUGGCCAGGCGGGCUCUAAGGGAAAAACGAAGCAGGGAAGAGACAUCUUCUGGCGCCGCGGAGGUGCGCAUGCGCCCUGGCCUGACUGGGGACUUUGUUCUCCGCGGAGAAACCCAAGGGCGGUGCCGGAGAACGGCUGCGCACGCGCGUCUUCUCAUUUCCGGUGCUCUCUCUCUCUCUGGGUCGCUCGGGUCGGCUUCGGUCGCUGUUGCUCCCGCUCUCCCACCCCCGCCAACCGCCGUCGGGCCUCUGCCGCCGUCGCCGCGUCGCUUCCUCGCUAGUUCGCGGUACAUCUUUCGCGAUGCAGCGCCGGGACGACCCAGCCGCCCGCAUGACCCGGUCCUCGGGCCGCAGUGGUUCCAUGGACCCCUCAGGUGCCCACCCCUCGGUGCGUCAGCCACCGUCUCGGCAGCCGCCGCUGCCUCACCGGUCCCGGGGAGGCGGAGGGGGACCUCGGGGGGGCGCCCGGGCCUCUCCCGCCACGCAGCCGCCGCCACUACUGCCGCCCUCGGCCACGGGUCCCGACGCGACAGUGGGCGGUCCAGCGCCGACCCCGCUGCUGCCCCCUUCGGCCACAGCCUCGGUCAAGAUGGAACCGGAGAACAAGUACCUGCCCGAACUCAUGGCCGAGAAGGACUCUCUGGACCCGUCUUUCACUCACGCCAUGCAGUUGCUGACGGCAGAAAUUGAGAAGAUUCAGAAAGGAGAUUCAAAAAAGGAUGACGAGGAGAAUUACUUGGACUUAUUUUCUCAUAAGAACAUGAAGCUGAAAGAACGGGUACUGAUUCCUGUCAAGCAGUAUCCAAAGUUCAAUUUUGUGGGGAAGAUUCUUGGACCACAAGGGAAUACAAUCAAAAGACUACAGGAAGAGACUGGUGCAAAGAUCUCUGUGCUGGGAAAGGGCUCAAUGAGAGACAAAGCCAAGGAGGAAGAGCUUCGCAAAGGUGGAGACCCCAAAUAUGCCCAUUUGAAUAUGGAUCUGCAUGUCUUCAUUGAAGUCUUUGGACCCCCAUGUGAGGCUUAUGCUCUUAUGGCCCAUGCCAUGGAGGAAGUCAAGAAGUUUCUAGUACCAGAUAUGAUGGAUGAUAUCUGCCAGGAACAAUUUCUAGAGCUGUCAUACUUGAAUGGAGUACCUGAGCCUUCUCGUGGGCGUGGGGUGCCAGUAAGAGGUCGGGGAGCUGCACCUCCCCCUCCACCUGUUCCCAGGGGCCGUGGUGUUGGACCACCUCGGGGGGCUUUGGUGCGUGGUACCCCUGUGAGAGGUGCCAUCACUAGAGGUGCCACUGUGACUCGAGGAGUGCCACCCCCACCUACUGUGAGGGGUGCUCCAGCACCAAGAGCUCGAACAGCAGGCAUCCAGAGAAUACCUUUGCCCCCACCUCCUGCACCAGAAACAUAUGAAGAAUAUGGAUAUGAUGAUACAUAUGCAGAACAGAGUUAUGAAGGAUACGAAGGCUAUUACAGCCAGAGCCAAGGGGACUCAGAAUAUUAUGACUAUGGACAUGGGGAGGUUCAAGAUUCUUAUGAAGCUUAUGGCCAAGAUGACUGGAAUGGGACCAGGCCGUCACUGAAGGCCCCUCCAGCUAGGCCAGUGAAGGGAGCAUACAGAGAGCACCCAUAUGGACGUUAUUAAAAACAAACAGGAGGGGAAAAGCUUAUCAGUUAUGAGCAAAGUUGUUACUGAUUUCUUGUAUCUCCCAGGAUUCCUGUUGCUUUACCCACAACAGACAAGUAAUUGUCUAAGUGUUUUUCUUCGUGGUCCCCUUCUUCCCACCUUCCUCCAUUCUUAACUCUGCAUUCUGGCUUCUGUAUGUAGUAUUUUAAAAUGAGUUAAAAUAGAUUUAGGAAUAUCGAAUUAAUUUUUUAAGUGUGUAGAUGCUUUUUUUCUUUGUUGUUUAAAUAUAAACAGAAGUGUACCUUUUAUAAUAAAAAAAAUAAGUUGAGUUAAAAAAAAAACCAACAAACCUGUUAGUUUCAAAAGUGACAUUGCUUGCUUAAAGGUUCUGAAAUAAAGGCUUGUUAACUUUCUCUUAGUUUUGAUUUGAGGCAUCCCGUAAAGUUGUAGUUGCAGAAUCCCAAACUAGGCUACAUUUCAAAAUUCAGGGCUGUUUUAAGAUUUAAAAUCACAAACUUUAACGGCAGUAGGUGCCACCAUGUAAAAGUAAGCUCAGACGAAUCUAAAAACAUUUCCUUUAAAAGCACAUGGCGGUUGAAUCUUAAGGUUAAAUUUUAAUAUGAAAGAUCCUCAUGAAUUAAAUAGUUGAUGCAUUUUUUAACAUUAAUUGACUUAAAAAACAACAACAAAAUUAGGUUUGUAAAACUGACUUUUUCAUUAUGUGGGUUUUGAAAUCUAGCCCCAGACAUACAGUGUUGAGAGAUACUUAAGGGGAGGAGUAGGUUUUUGAAGAAGUUGAUUGGGGAGGAGGAGCUGGCCACUUAAUUGAAUUUGAUGCAAAGCUUUUUAAAAUCACAAUCAUUAUAGUACUAAUAAUUAAAAGUUCAGUAUUUAAAAAGACAAAGUAUUUUGUCCAUCUGAGAUUCUGCACUCCAUGAAAAGCUCAUUUGGACACCAGGAAGCCAAAAACCUAUGAUUUUCAUGAAGUUGAUGGUUGUCAAUAUUGAACUGUUCCCAAGAUAGUUAGUCAAGUAUGUCUCAACACUAGCAUGAUAUAAAAAGGGACACUGCAGCUGAAUGAAAAAGGAAUCAAAAUCCACUUUGUACAUAAGUUAAAGUCCUAAUUGGAUUUGUACUGUCCUCCCAUUUUGUUCUUGGAAGAUUAAAUGCUACAUGUGUAAGUCUGCCUAAAUAGGUAGCUUAAACUUAUGUCAAAAUGUCUGCAGCAGUUUGUCAAUAAAGUUUAGUCCUUUUUUAAUCAAAGUAAAUGUGAUGAAUUGUCAUUUUUUUGGGUGGACAAUAAAAUAGUUUUCUCUUUCAAAUAAACUUAAAUUAACUCUAAAGUUAAUGGGCUUGUUAAAAGUUGGAGACAUUCUUAAAAGUGGUUGGGGGGAAUUAUUUUAAGUUUACCAAAAAAAGUUUAUUGAGUUGUUAAGUUUUAGUUAAAAAAUAACCAAAGCUUUUUCACCCCCUGGAAGUUGUUGAAAGCAGUUUCAUCCAGUCUUGUCAAAAGUUCUAAUUUCUGGAAAGAAAAACCCAACUGACCAAAACUUGGAUUAUUUUCAUACAUAGCCAUCAUAUUUAAUAUAAAUGCCAACCACCCUAGUUUGUACUUUCUGUACAGCCCCUAGGUGGCCCUAAAGAAUGGAUCAAAUCUCUGAUCUGAGAAGGGGAUAGCACCUGAUUUUAGAUAUGAUAAUUUAGCAAACCCUGGGUGCCCUUAAGGGAUUCCCUUCCAAUCCUAGAAAUGCUGUUAAUUCACUUGGCCUGGGGUGGGAUCUGGCAUGAUAGGCUGGCCCUGAACUCUCAUCUAUGAGAUGAAGAGAGGAAAUGACGGAAUUGGUUGGCCCCAUUUCCACUCCUGUUAACUAUCAGGGUUCUCAUGCCUUCCCUAACAGAGCCACCUAAACUGCUCGGGGGUGAAAAAUCCUCUUGUAUGAAGUGCCAAGCUGCCUGCAGCAGUGCAUGAUGGACAUUUUUUUUCUUUUUAAAACACACCAACAAAAAAUGUAUUUAUAGAUUGUGAUAAAGUGUAAAUAACUGAAUUUUCAACCAUGGUUUGAAGUCAGCUUUCAGGGCAUUAUGUCUUGUUUUGAUGAAAAGAGAUCACUCUAUACCCCCCUUUUUAAAGGAAAAUUAUCGCAAGAGAAUCAGGAUGUGUAAAGCUAACAUGCAUCGCAAAAAACCAAAGGUAACCUAAAUGUCUGAUUUUAAUAGCACAUAUUUCUCUUUUAUAAUAAACUGUGACAGCAACUUGCAUAAACAGUUCUUUAGCUGUUAAUUUUAAUGUUAAAACUUUGCAAAACUUGUUUAAUAAAAAUAGCUGUAAAAA